GGCCGCUCCAGCCCGUCCCUCCUCUCCCGCUUCGCUUCCACCUCUCCGGCAUCUUUGUUCGAGCCGAGCGGGAGGCAACAGGAGAACCUCGGCUCUCUGCUUCCUUUUGCGUCGAGUGGACACCGAAGAGUCGGCAGCAUGGGCGCCUCUGAAGAGAAGAAGGAAACCUGUGGAACCAUCUGCCUCAAGUACCUCCUGUUCACCUUCAACUUCCUCUUCUGGGUGGCGGGAGGCGUCGUGAUGGCCGUGGGCGUUUGGACCUUGGUGGAGAAGAGCGACUACAUCAGUCUUCUCCCCUCCAAGACGUACGCCGCCUCUGCCUACAUCCUGGUUCUGGCCGGAGCCAUCGUCAUGGUAACAGGCGUGCUGGGCUGCUGCGCCACCUUCAAGGAGCAGAGGAGGCUGCUGCGAGUGUACUUCGUGCUGCUGCUGUGCAUCUUCCUCCUGGAGGUUCUGGCCGGCGUCCUGGCUUACAUCUACUACCAGCAGCUGAAUGAGGAGCUGAAGCAGAACCUGAAGCAGACCAUGAUCCAGAAGUACCGGCAGACGUCCUAUGAGCACAUCACCAGAGCUGUGGACGAGCUGCAGCAGGAGUUCAAGUGCUGUGGGAGCAACAGCUCCGGCGACUGGAGAGAGAGCGUGUGGAUCCGCUCUGGGGACGCGGAGCAGCGGCAGGUGCCCGACAGCUGCUGUAAGACUCCCACAGAUCACUGUGGGCGCCGGUUACACCCCUCCAACAUCUACAAGGUGGAGGGCGGCUGCAUCACGAAGCUGGAGAAUUUCAUCCUGGAGCAUCUGAAGAUCAUAGGAGCCGUGGGUGUCGGCAUCGCCUGUGUGCAGAUCGUAGGGAUGGUGUUCACCUGCUGCCUGUAUCGGAGUCUAAAGGCAGAGCCGUACUAAGUGGGUGAAGGAGCAACCCUUCUCAGCGCAUGCCGUACUACACAGCCCAUAGGCUCUUUUCUUUGUCUCGCACGCUGCGGAAGGACAAUUUGGCAAAGGAUCAAAUGGCACAUUAGAGGAUUUGAUUUGGUAGAAAGGGUAGAAAACACUGCAAGGCUUCUCCAGAAGCUCCAUGUUCAGGAUCGCAGGGCUGUGAAAGCAGCCUUCACACACGUUGUCUAAAUUGCGUGGGGCAGUCUCCAUGGUCAGAUGUUUAGUGGUUGAUGCGUGGACUAAACCUGGCCCUUUGCAGAGAACGUAGCAGCAGGCGUAUGAUUUACCAGCCCAGCGCUGAGACCAUGCUCAUGCUUUGUCCACUAGUGGCCUUUUCACUGUUUAACUGUUGGUUUUUAUAUUUUUGUAUUUUGUAAAGGAUGAUUUUAUUUUUUUUACAUUAAGGGCACUUCUUCUUUUUGCCUUUACUACUCAUUAAGACUUCACAGUAACGAUGUCAGUGUUUGAAUCAUAACUCCUGAUAACUGUGACAUCUGCCCAGUCCAGUAACACCAGCAGUUUAACCCUGUAAAACUAACCGGAGGUGUAAGUCUGUUAAUGAAGUCAUAUUGUGUUGGUAGCAGGACUUUGAUGGAUCCUGACAAAGUGCCUUUUCGUUUUGAUUUGACAGUCUUCCUGUUUUAGACCAGGACUCAUCCAUCGAUGCCAAAGUUGUCAGCCAUACUGUAGCUCUGUGUGAGGACCCACUGUGUUUCCUCUGUCACUAUUGAUGCCUCUUCUCACAUUGUUCUCUCAAAUGAAGAUUUAGAUCGUAAAAUACACUGUGUUAUUGUAUUUCGUAGACAAUGAUUGUGUCUUGAUGUUAGCAGUGAUUUUUCCCGUGUGCCUACACGACAACACUAAGUUAAUCUGCUCCAGUCAUUUUUUAGUUUAGCUUGAAUAAACCUUGACCCAUAACACA